AUGUCGAUCGAUGAAAAGAAAAUCCAAGCGAGAUCGAACGAUCGAUCUGUCACGACGAAAAAACUGUACUCUGGGAUCGUUCUAGGUUCUCGUCUGAUCGCUGAAAUGCUCGGCAAAGAACUGCGUCUGUCCGACCGCGUCGAAAAUCACAACCAUUCGAUUACGCGGUGUUAUAGCCAUAACGCUCGGUGCAGCGCCGGAAGCGAUAACUGCUGCGACGCCGGCCAGAGCUGUGGCCGCUCCAACCCACGACCGUCGAACGUCGGACGUGCGUCGUGCGAUGGCGAAGCCGGCGGCCGGUCGGCCGCUUCGAGUCCGGUGUACCAGGACCAAGGAGUCGUGCAAUCAGCCCAGCCCGUGCGCGCCAGGGUGCCGGUCCCGUGCCCGUGCAGCGCCGAACCGUCCAGGAGACACGACCGGGCGGCGCAGAUUCCUCUGAACAGGCGCAACACUUACGAUGUGCAGCCGCCACCGUGUGGUGAUCAAAACGCCCGGCGGUGUGAUUAUGACGUGGAGCCGGAGCCGCAGAACUGCUCGCCCCAAAACGACCGGCGGGCCACUUACGACGUGUCGCGACCGUGCGCCGCGCUCCAAGACGACCGGCGGGCCACUUACGACGUGUCGCGACCGUGCGCCGCGCUCCACCGGCGGGCCACUUACGACGUGUCGCGACCGUGCGCCGCGCUCCAAGACGACCGGCGGGCCACUUACGACGUUGAGCCGCCGGCGCGAUCGUUCGGUUGCGGUUCGGGGGCGCGCAACCUGACCUUACCGUUUUCGAUGACCGGCACCAUCCAGCUGAGCGGGUUCGAUGAUCUGUCGCCGGUGCGACAGCCGCCGCGCAACGGGCAGUCGUCGUGCAGCGGACUCCACGACACGGACGGUGACAUCGACGACUUCCUCGACAAUCAUCUCAACUACGACAUGGUGGCGCCGCGGGCGGUGGCCCUGCCCGGACAGCCGUACGUGCGCAUCGACGAGUCGGCGGCGAACACGACGCCCGAAGCGUUUCGCAUGACGGUCCACGACCGCAGCUCGUUGGGUUCGCAAGCGAUGGGCAUCCCGAGUCCGCCGUGCGAUUUCGGCAGCUGCGGGUCGCGCAACACGUCGGCCGACCACCGUUCCCGGCCGUUCGGUCUCGACGAUUCGUUCGUCGUGGGCGCGCCGCGCGACCGCCAGUCGAGGGCCAGGUCGGCGGCGCCCGCGUGCAGCUCGUCGUCCCGCAACAACCGCAGGCGCGACACUUUCGACCGGUGCACCCGCUAG